AUGGUGUCAGUUGACGAGGCUCAGAAGCUUGUCCUCGAGCACGCGAAACCGCUUCCAGCGGUUACGGUUUCGUUGAACGAAUCGCUAGGAUGUGUGCUCGCGAAAGAUUUCAUUGCUCCCGAGCCGAUGCCUCCGUUUCCGGCCUCAAUCAAGGAUGGCUACGCUGUGGUGGCAUCAGACGGGCCAGGCGAAUACCCCAUUAUUGCCGAGGCACGUGCCGGGGAUGAUGCAGCCAAUGUGGUGGUGACACCUGGCACCGUCGCUUACAUCACCACGGGAGGCCCGGUUCCCCAGGGUGCAGACGCGGUGAUUCAAGUGGAGGACACACUUCCUGUUGACUCCUCCAGCGGCCAGAGGCGUGUGACUAUAGUGAAGGGCGCUACAGUGGGGCAAGACAUCCGACCUGUGGGCUCGGAUCUUGCAGCUGGCACGGUGGUGCUGCGGGCGGGGGAGCACCUUGGGCCAGCGGAAAUAGGCCUGCUGGCAACCGUGGGGGCUGCACACGUGCAUGUGCACCGACAGCCUCUGGUAGCCGUUCUCUCCACGGGCGACGAGCUCAUAGACCCUGCACAGAAUGCCAGCGCCACUCUCCCUCGCGGCAUGAUACGGGACGCCAAUCGCUCCAUGCUGCUGGCCGCUGUGCGCCAACACUUGGGAGCAGCAGCAGCAUCACCAGCAUCCGAACCAGCAGCAGCACCAGCAGCGAGCUGCCCGGCCCCCCUCGAUCUGGGAAUAGCAGCGGAUACAGAGGAGGCCGUGGCAGCAGCGUUUGAGAGGGCACUAGCAGCGAGGGCGGAUGUGGUGGUGGCGUCUGGAGGCGUGUCCAUGGGCGAUAGGGACUUUGUCAAGCCGCUUCUGGAGAGGCUGGGGACGGUGCACUUUGGGCGGGUCCACAUGAAGCCAGGAAAACCGCUCACUUUCGCAACCAUUGAAACCGCCUCGGAUAAGACGGACAGCGCCGCCCAGCCGCACCGAACGAUAGUCUUUGGGCUGCCCGGGAAUCCGGUCAGCUGCAUGGUGUGCUUCAACCUGUUUGUGCUGCCCGCUAUCCGGCAGAUUGGGGGGUGGCGUCAACCCCUGCUGCACAGGGUUCAGGCCUACAUCUCUUCAUCCCUCCGCUUGGACCCUGAGCGCCCCGAGUACCACCGGGCAUCUCUCCACUUUGAGCCCAACGUCUCUGCUGCUCUUGCCUCCUCUGCUGCUGCUGCUUCUCCGCCUUCUUCCACCGCCAUGUCUGGGUUCAUAGCGGACAGCACAGGCAGGCAGAUCAGCAGCCGGCUGCUCUCCAUGCGUGAUACUGUGGCGGCAGGAUUAGCAGCAGAUGCCAGUGGGCCCAGGGCAGUGCAGGCAGUGCAGUCGCUGCUGCCAGCAGCAGCAGUGGUGGCGACGGCUGUCGUUCCCGAUGACCCAGACAAGAUAGCAGCGCAGGUCAAGGCAUGGGCGGAUGGGGAAGAAAUUUCUGCGUCAACUCCUGAGGCAGCGGGUGUGACAGCAGUGGAUGUGAUUAUAACGACAGGGGGCACGGGGUUCUCCCCUAGGGAUGUCACUCCUGAAGCCUGCGCGCCGCUCUUCCACCGCUCUGCACCAGGCCUCACCCAUGCCAUGCUGCAGGAGAGCCUCAGAAUCACACCCUUUGCCAUGCUCUCGCGAAUGGCUGCAGGCAUUAGAGGCUCCACUCUGAUCCUCAACCUGCCAGGCAACCCCAACGCGGUUUCAGAAUGCCUGGCUGCACUCAUGCCUGCUCUUCCCCAUGGCUUGAAGCAGCUGAAAGGGGACAAGCGGGAGAAGCACCCCCGCCACACGCCCCACCCUGGCAUAGCCAAGUGA